UCGAGCCGAUAUUAAUGUCAGUUUUUUUAAUAUAUAUUUUGUGAAUUCCUGGUAUUCUAUGCACCUUAGUCCGCCGUUUUAGAGGUAGUUGUUUUUGGAAGCCAUGCGGCGAAGUAAGGCUGAAGUGGACCGUUACGUUUCCUCAGUACAGAGUUCCUCUCCCUCACUCAAAGAGAAGCCAGUCAAAGGAUUUUUAUUUGCUAAAUUGUACUUUGAGGCAAAGGAAUAUGAACUUGCGAAAAGACAUGUAUCAGAGUAUCUCAAGGUCCAGCAGAGGGAUCCGAAAGCACACAAAUUCCUUGGACAGCUCUACGAGAAAGAGGGAGACAUUGACAAGGCAAUAGGAUGUUACAAGCGGUCAGUGGACUUGAACCCAGCCCAGAGGGACCUGGUGCUGAAGGUGGCUGAGUUACUGGUCAGUAAGGAUGAAUGUGACAGCAGAGCAGAGUUCUGGGUGGAGAAAGCGGCAAAGCUUUUGCCAGGAAACCCUGCAAUCUUCAACCUGAAGGAGCGUCUGUUGAGUCGUCAGGGUCAGCAGGGUUGGAACCGGUUAUUCGACCUUCUCCAGGCCGAGCUUGCAGCAAGGCCAGGUGAUACACAUGUGAAUGUGAAGCUGGUUCAGUUGUUCUGUCAGGAUGGCCGACUGGAUGAGGCCGUCAAACAUUGCCUGGCUGCUGAGAAAAGGGGCAUGCUGAGCCACAGCCUGGACUGGUACACAGUGGUAGUGCGCACACUGCAGGAAUAUCUGGCUCAGCCCAGCGUAUCUAGCAAUGAAAAGAUGUGUCGGCGUCUCCAGAGGGAGCUGCUUUUGGCCCAUUGCAGCCUCCUGAGAAUCACACUGUCUGAGAGCAUCAUGGAGCCCAGUCGUGAUGCGCUCAGAAGUUUUGACCAAGCUAUGCAGACACUGAGCAGCGUUGCAGGCCGCCACACAGAUGAGCUUUGUGAGGUGUUUGUGGAGAUGAGAGGUCACCUCUACCUGCAUGCUGCCACACUGCUGUUGAAGCUAGCACAGGAUCGCCAACAGACCUGGAGGGUUGUCAUUGACCUGGCUGCACUGUGCUACCUGCUGGCAUACCAGGUCCCCAGACCAAAGCCUAAAGUGACCAAAAGAGACCAGUCAGCCCCACCGCUCCUGGAACUGCUGGCCAACGAUCGACAGAGUCAGGCUGGACACAUGUUGCUCAAUCUGAGCACUGAUUCAUCCACCUUAAUCAGAGAGGUGGUGGAGGCAUUUGGAAAUCGUAGCGGUCAGGACUCUCUGUUUGAACUCCUGUUUGGACCACAGGCCUCCACUGGAUCUUCAUUUAUUGCCAAUGAUGACAUUCGUUCCAUUAACACCACGGCUCCAGAGCUCUCUCAGCUUGCCAAAUGGGACACUGGCUCCAUCCUACUGCAUGGUGGUGACUUGCAGCAUCUGAGUUGGUUGGGACUGCAGUGGACUCUCCUGGCUCAAAGACCGGCCCUACGGGACUGGUUAGCACAGCUCUUUCCUAGGCUUACCCUGGAAACUUCCAAAUUGGACACAAAUGCACCAGAGUCCAUCUGCCUGCUGGACCUGGAGGUGUUUUUACAAGGUGUGGUGUUCUGUAGUCACUGCCAGCUCCAGGAGACAGCAAAGAUCAGCAGCGGAAUGAACCAGCAGCAACAUCAGCAGCUCUAUGAACCUCGCUGCCUCCCCCUUCCUCUACUUCGCCUCUUGACCACUGACAGACAGAGGGAGUGGUGGGAUGCCAUCUAUAGCCUCAUUCACAAACGAGCAGCCCCUAGCAUGUCAGCCAAGCUACGGAUGAUUGUGCAGCAUGGACUGAGCACUCUGAGGGCUGGAGAGAAACAUGGGCUUCAACCAGCACUAGCCAUCCACUGGGCUCAGUGUCUCAGCCAGACGGGUGAUGGAGUGAACUCGUACUACGACCAGAAGGAGUACAUCGGCCGCAGUGUCCACUACUGGAAAGUUGUCCUCCCACUGUUGGAAAGGAUCAAAAACAGACGCAGUAUACCUGAACCCCUUGACCCCCUCUUCAUACACUUUCCCUCCAAAGACAUACAGAUUUCAUCUGUGAAGGGUUAUGAAGAGGAAUUCAAGAUAGCAUAUGCGACUCUCCUUGACAUUGAAGGCAGGACAGAAGAGGCCAUUGCUACCUUGGAAACCAUCAAUAACAUGUCAUCCGUCUGGCAUUUGGCUCAGAUCUACCAGCGGCUGUCAGAGGAGGCCAGCAAUGGGGUUGAGGAGACCCAAGACAGGUGCAUCACGUUCCUGAGAAAGUUCAGGACCUACUUGUCUAAGAUCUACAAUGCCAAUGCUGACGACAUUGACAAGCUGCCUGUGUCCAUGGAGGAAGUUGUGGACCUCCUGAAUGACGUGAACCAGCAGUUGGGGGAGAGUGGGGAGGCCAUGGAUGAAGACGAGGAGAAAGAAGAGGAUUGUCGAAGAAGACCAGCCCACUCUAGCCCUGCUCAUCCCACAGAAACCAGUGCCACCAUAUCCCACAUCAAGUUUUCCACUCCCUCUCCUAACAAAAGCUUGGUCUCUCCUUCCAAAAGAUUGAUUUCUCCCAAGACACCACCUCAUUGGGUGGAGGACCAGAAAAGUCUCCUUCAGAUGCUGUGUCAGCAAGUUGAAGCCCUCAAGAAUGAAGUUCAUGAUCUGAGGCACAACUCUUCGGGGAACGCAGGCUCUCCUCAUCAUAAGAUGUAUGGGGAAAGCUACGGGGCUGAGGGCCUACAGGAGCCUUUUACCCCAGUCCAGUCCUACCACGGUGCCCCUUUAACAGUUGCCACCACAGGCCCUUCUGUGUACUACAACCAAUCUCCAGCUUACAACUCUCAGUAUCUCCUGCGCACAGCAGCAAAUGUAACCCCCACCAAGGGCCCAAUGUAUAGUAUGAACCGUAUGCCACCUCAGCAGCAUAUGUAUGCCUACCAGCAGCCCACUCACACACCUCCACUGCAAACAGCCCCAACCUGCAUUUACCCUCCUCAAGAGCAAGUCUUUGGUGCCCCUCUGCGAUUUGAAUCGCCAGCCACAAGCCUUCUUUCCCCAUAUAGUGAAGAAUAUUAUGGCCAGAGUGUAACCCAACAAACCACUAACCCUCCUCUACCUGAGCCUGGCUACUUCACCAAGCCAUCUGUUGUCCCUGUUCAGCCACCAAAGAGCAUAGAAGGAAAGCCAGUGGACUUUGGGAAGCUGUCUUUCAGUCAGCAGGCACCUGCUGAAGUCCCCAAAGUGCCUAGUUUUGGAGCAGGGGCAGUUGCCCAGUCAACACCUUCAGCUGCUUUUAAAUUCAACUCCAACUUUAAAUCCAAUGACGGAGAUUUCACUUUCUCAGCUUCUCAGGCCAAGCACAGUGAAAGUCUCCUUGGUCUUCUUACGUCAGACAUUCCCACUAAAACAGAUGCUGUUCCAGAGAAGCCUCCUACUCAGGAGCAGCCUACCAGCCAAACAAGCAUUUUCACCUUUGGCACUAAAAGUGCUACUAGCUUUUCCUUUGUUGAUUCUGCACAGAACACUGGCACUGGAAGUCUCUUUGGAAAUGUGGACCAGCCAUUUAAAUUUGGGGAUGUUACCAAGCCAGUAUUUGGGUUACCCAAUUAUGCAGCAGAAGAAGAAAGGGCAGCAGAAAGUGACAAUGACAGCACUCAUGUUGAAGAGGAUGAGGAUGGCCCUCAUUUUGAACCCAUUGUACCUCUUCCCGAUAAAGUAGAUGUGAAAACGGGUGAGGAAGAGGAGGAGGAGAUGUUUUGCAAUAGGGCAAAGCUAUAUCGAUUUGACACAGAGACAAAAGAGUGGAAGGAGCGGGGUAUUGGCAAUGUCAAAAUCCUAAAACACAGCACUAAAGGGAAGGUCCGCCUCUUAAUGAGAAGGGAACAGGUCCUUAAGAUCUGUGCCAACCACUACAUCACUGUUGAUAUGCUACUGAAACCGAAUGCUGGCUCUGACAAAUCCUGGGUCUGGAAUGCCAUUGAUUAUGCAGAUGAAGAGCCUAAGACAGAGCAACUGGCCAUCCGCUUUAAAACAGUAGAUGAGGCAUCGCUUUUCAAAGCUAAGUUUGAGGAAGCCCAGAAAAUUGUACUCAAAUCGCCAGAAGUGCACGAUCAACAGGAGAAGAAAGAGGAAAGCUUAAAAGAUUCAGAGUCACUGGCAGCCCAGUUUGCACUCAAAGAAGGGGAAUGGGACUGCACUGUGUGCUGUGUAAGAAAUAAACCCACAGAUAUGCGGUGUGUUGCAUGUCAAAGUGUCAAUCCCAAUUCUUCAUCUAAACCAGACAUUCAGGCUUCUGCUGAAACCAAAGCCAGUCCCUUUACAUUCAAAUUUGGGACUGAUUCAUCAAAACCCAGUAGUUCUGGCUCUACAUUUACUGGAUUUGGUGCUUUUGGUGCUUCUAUACCAUCUUCAUUUACAUUUGGGACUGGCACCUCAAAACCUGCUGACACAGUAACCAGUGCGUUUGGUUCUGGCUUUGGAAAGAAGCCAGGGCAGUGGGACUGUGACACAUGUUCUCUGAGAAAUGAGGGCUCUGCAGACAGUUGUGUUUCUUGUAAAGCUGUUAAAGCCUCAGCUAAAACAACUGCCACAGCACAAACCACACCAGCUGUAGAUGCACCUGCAACGCAGCCCUCUAUAUCUGCUGUUGAUUCUGGGUUUGGUGCCCAGUUUAGCAAGAAGCCUGGGCAGUGGGACUGUGAUGUAUGCGAAGUAAGAAAUGAAGCCUCUUCUGACAAAUGUGUUGCCUGUAAUAGCCCCAACCCUGCUGCCAAGUCAACAGAGGGGGCUCCAGUAUCAUCAAAUCUGACAGCAAUUUCAGGAUUUGGGGCUGAUUUUGCAAAGAAAGAUGAGUGGAGCUGCAAAGCCUGCCUGGUCAGAAAUGAUGCAUCAGCUGCUGAAUGUGUUUCCUGCCACACCCCAAAUGAGGCACCCUCUUUAGAAGCCAUGUUUGCCAAGAAAGAUGGAGAAUGGGAUUGUGACACUUGUCUGGUGAGAAACAAUGCUUCUGCCAGUAAGUGUUUGGCUUGUCAGACACCAAAUCCCAAUGCUAAAAGCACAACCAGCACUGCUCCCUCAGCCUCCACCUUCAGCUUUACCUUUGGAACCAAGAGUUCAUCAAGUCAGCCUGCUGGAACUGGAUUCACAAUGCCUUUUGGAACUGGCAGCACUUUUCAGUUUGGUCAAAACAAAGAUAAAAGCUCAGCUUCUUCUUUCAAGUUUGAAGCUCCUCAGUCUGGAUCUAGUACCACAAGUGCUUCAGGCUUUUCAUUCUCAAUGCCCAUUCCAUCCAGUGGCUUCAAGUUUGGCAUUCAGGACACUAGUAAAGAAACCCCCUCAACUGAUAAUCCAACACCUCCAUCAGGGUCAGCCUCCAGUUUUCUUAAAAGCAUAGCAGAGAAACACAAUGAGAAAGAAAAUGAGUCUACUUCCUCAGUGGAUCAAACGGAGCAAGAUCAAAAUCCAUUAAUUUCUGGAAAAACCGAUACAUUCAGUUUUGCUGACCUGGCAAAGUCGUCUGGAGCAGACUUCCAGUUUGGCCAGAAAGACCCCGAUUUCAAAGGUUUCUCUGGGGCCGGUGAGCAGGUGUUUUCAUCAUUCCAGGCAACCCCCACAAAGGCAGAUGCCUCAAAUGAACUGGAGGAUGACGGCAUGUAUAAAACGGAGGAAAAUGAUGAUAUCCAGUUUGAACCAGUGGUUCAGAUGCCGGAGAAGGUGGACCUGGUGACAGGGGAGGAGGAUGAACAAGUUCUUUAUUCUCAGCGCGUCAAACUUUUCAGAUUUGACUCCAGCACCAGUCAGUGGAAAGAGCGUGGUGUGGGAACCCUCAAAUUCCUGAAAAACAACAGUAAUGGCAGGCUCAGGGUGCUGAUGAGAAGAGAGCAGGUUCUGAAGGUGUGCGCCAACCACUGGAUCACCACCACCAUGAAUCUUAAGCCCUUGGCAGGCUCGGAUAAAGCAUGGAUCUGGAUGGCCAAUGACUUUUCUGAUGGAGAUGCUAAUCUUGAACAGCUGGCUGCUAAGUUUAAAAGCUCAGAGCUUGCUGAGGAGUUUAAAGAGAAGUUUGAAGAGUGUCAGAGACUUCUUUUGGACAUUCCCCUACAAACCCCCCACAAGCUGGUUGACACAGGUAGAACGGCACAUCUCAUUCAGAAAGCAGAGGAAAUGAAGUCUGGUUUGAAAGACCUGAAAUUCUUUUUGACUGAUGAGAAAACAAAGAUCAAAGAUGAUGAAAACCAGGCAGAUGUUACAACAUCCAGCAACGUGUCAAGCCUCGUAAUCAAGGCUCACAGUGAAACCACUGGCCCCACCUUGGAGUGGGAUAACUAUGACCUACGAGAAGAAGCGUUAGAUGAUACUGCUGACUCAUCAGUCUAUGCCUCUCCCAUCGCCAGUAGCCCCUUGAGAAAGAACCUUUUCCGCUUUGGAGAAUCUACGGGUGGGUUCAGCUUCAGUUUUCAACCUGGCAUUAGCCCAUCUAAGUCUCCUGCUAAACUUAACCAGAGCAGAGCCUCAGUGGGUACUGAUGACGAGCAAGAUGUAACCCAGGAUGAAGAGAGGGAUGGCCAGUACUUUGAACCUGUGGUCCCCUUGCCUGAUCUGGUGGAGAUUUCUACAGGAGAGGAAAAUGAACAGGUAGUCUUCAGUCAUAGGGCCAAACUGUAUCGCUACGACAAAGAACUGGGUCAGUGGAAGGAGAGGGGUAUCGGAGACCUCAAGAUCUUGCAGAAUUAUGACACCAAACGAGUGAGGUUGAUAAUGAGAAGAGACCAGGUACUUAAGAUCUGUGCCAACCAUUGGAUCACAGCAACCAUGAAGCUUGAACCUAUGAAAGGUGCUGAGAAGGCCUGGGUCUGGAGUGCCAUGGACUUUGCUGAAGUAGGAGAGGCUAAUAUUGAGCAGUUAGCUGUGAGAUUCAAACUGCAGGAUACUGCAAAUACAUUCAAACAGGUCUUUGAGGAGGCUAAGGUUGCACAAGGGAAAGAGGAACUUAUGAACCCAGUGACAUCUGGAGUUGUCACAUCUCAAGACAGUGGAGCUGCAGGAUCUGCAAAGACUGCUACAGCUGUAUGUGGGAAGGCAGCCAUUGCUGUUCUGGAAGAGACCACAAAGGAAUGUACAGAGCUUUCCCCUGACAGUAAGCCAUGUGCACCUGGGUCUCCGGGUCCAGCCAACACCUCAAAGACAGUGGUGUCUCCCCCUAAGUUUGUCUUUGGCACUGAUAGCCUUCAGAAGAUUUUUGGCACUCCUAAAUCUCAUUCUGAGACAGAGGAAUCUGCAUCUGGUUCGAAAGCCAAAGAUUCUGGACGACCUGCCAAGGCUUCACUUGCAGCACCUGCGUUCAAAAUCCCAGAGAAAGGGCCCCCUCAGGCAGAAGGAGGUGGUGCAGGGUUGGAGGAGGACUCAGAAGUGGAGAUUGUGUAUGUCAGGGAACCCACUGCUGAACAGGCAGCUUUAGCCAGGAAACUCCUGCUGCCAUUCACUUUCUUCUGCUACCAGAAUGAACCAGGCUACUCCAGUGAUGAUCAUACUGAUGAUGAGGACUACGAGUCAGCAGUAAAAGCCUUGAAUGGAAAGCUCUACCCUGAUCCUCCUGAGAAAAAGGAUGCAGCAUGUGGUGAUGAGCCAGACUGCCAGGUGGUGUGGGAGAAGAAGCCGACGCCGGAGGAGGAGGAGAAGGCCAAAAGCCUCCAGCUUCCACCCACCUUCUUCUGUGGCCUGAGCACCACAGACAGCGACACAGACCACGACAAGCCUGAAGACUUUGAGACAGAAGUCCGCAAGGCACAGCAAGACCUGGAUGCCCAGUUAAACAAAGCUGGAAUGGCCUCCACUGCUGAACCCUCAGAGGAGCUGCUGCCAGUCCCAUCAUCCAGCAGCACAGACACCGCAGGCAGCAUAUCUGCACCUGAGGAGCAGACCUCAGACCAGCCAACAGAGACUCAAAGUGAAGCUCCUAGCAGCAGCUCUCCCAUUGACCUGUCAACAAAGAAGAGCUCAGAGCCAGAUUCCAACGGUGGGACUGCAGCUUCUACUGUUUCUUCUACUACAACCAGUCAAGACUCUUCCUUUGGCUUCAACUCAUUUGGUGGCUUCUCCUUUGCUGACUUGGCCAAAAACACAGAGGGAUUUGCAUUUGGAAACAAAGACUCCAACUUCUCGUGGGCAAACGCUGGAGCGACAGUUUUUGGGCCCGCAGUGUCCUCAGCACCAAAAAACAACGGUGAUGAAGAGGGCAGUGAUGAAGAGGAUGCUCCUAAUAAUGUGGACAUUCACUUUGAGCCAAUAGUGUCACUACCAGAGGUGGAGACGAAGUCUGGGGAGGAGGACGAGGAAAUCCUGUUUAAGGAGCGUGCCAAGCUGUACCGAUGGGACCGGGACCUCGGCCAGUGGAAGGAGCGUGGCAUUGGUGACCUCAAGAUCCUCUUCCACCCAACCAAACAUUUCUACCGAAUCCUUAUGAGAAGAGAGCAGGUGCUGAGGGUUUGUGCCAACCACACCAUCUCACAGGCGAUGGAGCUCAAACCCAUGAACGCCUCAGCUAAUGCACUGCUGUGGACUGCCACCGACUACUCAGACGGCGACGGCGUAGUGGAGCAGCUGGCAGCAAAGUUCAAAACCCCUGAGAUCGCCGAAACCUUCAAGAAGACCUUCUGUGAGUGUCAGAGCCGAAUGGGCCCAGCCGGCAGCGACGCCUCAUGUAUCUUCUCACCACAGAUGUCUAGAGUUCAAGAGCACUCCAGAGACAGUAAUCCACAGGUGUUCCUCAAAGUGUCAGCUGAUGGCCAGACACUAGGAACUAUCACCAUAGAGCUUUUCUCCCAUAUUGUCCCCAAGACGGCAGAGAACUUCAGGGCUCUCUGCACCGGAGAGAAAGGCUUUGGACUGCGGGAGUCCAUCUUCCACAGAGUCAUACCAGCCUUCAUGUGUCAGGGCGGUGACAUCACAAACAGUGACGGCACAGGAGGAAAGUCCAUCUAUGGCAGCAAGUUUGAGGACGAGAACUUUGAUGUUCGGCACACAGGUCCAGGUAUUCUGUCAAUGGCCAAUCGUGGGCGCGACACCAACAACUCACAGUUCUUCAUCACCCUGAAGAAAGCCGAACACCUAGACUUCAAACACGUGGCUUUCGGUUGGGUUCGGGAUGGCAUGGAUGUGGUGCAACAGAUGGGAGAGCUGGGUACCAAGGGAGGCACGCCCACGAAGAAGCUGGUCAUCACAGACUGUGGGCAGCUGUAGCUUUUUAAAUGUUAACAUCAAGAUUCACAGCUUGGUUGAGGUUAUAAAGUCAAGGUCAGAGAGGCCUUUGGAUAAUGAUCCCUGUGCAGUGCAUAGCCUCCUGCUCCGUAGUGAUUAGGCAUCUGAGAAUUAAACACCAUCAUAGGACUACUGGCCAAGACCUUUCAUUUUAGAAACUUGACUCCAGUAACCUGGGAUUAGAAAUUAUUUUUCUUUAUAAAUUAUUAUUUCACAAAUGGGAAAGAUGGUGUAGUGAUACGUGGGGGAGGAGGCACUUGGAGCAAACAUAAUAUAUUGUUGCUCUGUUGCACUUGCAUCUUAGUCUGUCAAUAAAUUCCCAUUUGUUUAUUUUGUGUGUAUAAUUGUACAUGGACUACUUUUUUAAUGUCUAUUUUUGUUUUUCUGUCUUGCAUGUGUUCAAUUUGAACGUGCUGGUCCUCUUCAUAAGCUCCACUUGGGUAUUUUUUCCCUUUUUGAUGAAGUCUUAACUAUAACUGAAAAGUGAGGUUGUUAUUUGAGAGCACCUGUUGGUUUGUAACUGUGCCCCUGCCUUCUCUCCAAAUGCUGCCUCUGUGUACUUCUGACAUUAGGGCUCCCCCAGUGAUUUUUCUUUGUGCAGAUGGAUUUCACAAUGUUCGGAUAAUUGGGCUUCAUAUUUGACCACAUAAACUUGAGUCAUCUCACUGUGUUGUCCUGUGGACACAGGGUGGCUGGACGAUCACAUUACAUCUGGUUUGGAUUUUACAAAGGCAACACAUUAUCAUUUGAGAUGAUCACUAUUAAAAUAAAAAUGGUGCUUGUAACAAAAUAGUAUGAUGAUAAAGGACAAAUAAAGUUGCUUUACAAGUA